AUGACAAUAGCAGCAAGGCGCAUCUGCGCCCAGUGCUUCUAUCACCUCACUCUUCGUCUCCCUCGACCUGGUCCUCAUCGCCUGCCCUCGUGGCGGAUCUCUCCACAGCAGCCUCUACGAUCUUUUUCUCACUCCAGUCUCCGCGGUGCCUUCGCUCCCCCGACGCCUGCAUCGCUCGGGAAAGCCGUCCCUGCCAGACAAUUCAAGAGGACGAGAAAAUGGAUGCACAGACUCGCCUACUUGUUCCUGGGUGGGACCGUGGUAUAUGUAGUGGACAAGAGAUUUUACGCAUCCAGCCUCACAAGAAGCGUCCGCACUUUUACUACGGGUUUGGUUGCUGCACUGGACUACAAGAUCAACUUUCGGGAGGACCCAUGGUUUGCCAAUGAUAUCGCCGAAGUACAUGCACGCAAUGCGACGAGAUUGUUUCAUCUCUUGCGGACAAAUGGCGGACUGUACCUGAAGAUUGGCCAGGCCAUUGCCAUGCAGACGGCCAUCUUGCCUCCCGAAUUUCAAAAGAUGUUUUCCAAGAUGUUUGACGAUGCGCCACAGAAUGAUUGGGAGGACGUGCGGCGGGUCAUAAUGGAGGACUUUGGAGGUCGGACGCCCGAAGAGGUAUUCGGCAUCUCUUUUGACGGUGAUCCUGAUGCUGGUGUCAUGGAGAGGAAGGCCCGCGCGAGCGCGAGCGUGGCACAAGUACACUGGGCAAGGCUGAAGGACGGGCGAGAAGUGGCGGUCAAAAUCCAAAAGAGGGAGAUUGCUCAGCAGGUCGGCUGGGAUCUGUGGGCUUUCAAGGUGGUGACCCGGAUAUAUACUUGGUGGUUCGACCUGCCCCUCUACUCGCUCGUCCCUUAUAUCACGGAAAGACUACAACUGGAAUGUGAUUUUGAGAGCGAGGCGAACAAUUCCAAGCGGAUGGCCGAACUCAUCAAGGGCGAGCCCCGGUUGCGGGAUAGAGUGUACAUCCCCAAGAUUUACGAUGAUCUUACCACCAAGCGGGUCAUGACGGCCGAAUGGGUUGAGGGCGUGCGACUAUGGGAUAAAGAGUCCAUUAUCCGCCCAUGGCAGGGAGGCUGGCGAACUGGCAGUCCAGGCGCUCACGGCACGCCGCUUGAUCCUCCUCAAACUCCCAUCACCACCUUACAGGAAAAAGCCCGUUCGUACAACGAAGAACUCAAGCCCGACAGGACGUGGUGGAAAGGUCUGAAUGGCAAAGGCGGUCUGGGGCUUGAUCUCAAAGAAGUCAUGACAACUAUGGUCGACCUCUUCUCCGCGCAAAUGUUUCUCUGGGGCACGGUUCACUGUGACCCGCACCCAGGAAACAUCUUCGUGCGACGCCUCCCUAACGGUCACUCCGAACUUGUUCUGAUCGACCAUGGCCUGUAUAUCAACAUGUCUCCCUCGUUUCGACAUCAGUAUUCCCUAUUUUGGAAAUCUAUAAUGACAUUCGACAACAAGACCCUCAAGGAAGUCGUCAGCCAAUGGGGCAUAAACAACGCCGAGAUUUUUGCGUCAGCUACGCUUAUGCGUCCCUAUGAGGGAGGGGACCGCUCGGUGACGACCCGCCUGAAGGGCAUAUCGGAACAUGAGAAGAAAAGGCGCCAGUACGAACUGCAACAAGCCAUGCGCAAGGGCAUCAAAGAGAUUCUGGCGGACGAAAGUAAGUGGCCUCGUGAAUUGAUCUUCAUUGGUCGAAACAUGCGCAUUGUUCAAGGCAACAACCAGUACCUGGGUAGCCCCGUCAACCGCAUCAAGAUCACGGGCAAUUGGGCUUCGAGGGCGUUGUCCGAGGAUCAACAGCUCACGUUUGUGGAGCGAUGGAGGUUUUUCGGGAGCCAUCUGAUGUUUAAAUUGGUCUUGUGGGCGUCGGAUGCAUUUUUCUGGUAUGCCAAACUCAAGCAGGCGCUGGGGAAAGGGAAGGGCAUGGACGAUGAUGUGGACCAACUCAUGAGGGGCAUGGCGAAGGAUUAUGGGAUCGAGAUAAACCAUAGUGUGUUUGAAGGUUGA